AGUUGCGGAACAAAUCAACCGACCUGCUGGAGGUAAUCCAGUGUUAUCUCUGGCAGAUGAUUGUAAGGGAACACAGCUGUACAGAGGUCAGUCUGACAUUUGUCGAAGAGGAGAGACAGCGACAUUAACGAGGACAGCUGUCAUAGAGAUAUAAGAGAGCAAAGUGCCUUAUGUCUCUGCACGUUGAACCCCAUCAGUCUGAACAAGAGAAGACGGAUCAUGGAUUGGCUGACUUUCCCAGUGGCCCGCUGGAUAUCUACAGGAAAAAAGCCUCUUUCAACUGGAAGGACAUGCUCUACUUCAUAGAAGGAGAGGAAAUUCUGGAAUUCAAGCAACAUGUGUUCAGGACACUUGAGAAUGACCCUCUAUUUGCACGGCAGCCCGGUGAAGAUGUCCCACUCGAAAAAAUGAGAGAGCUGACGUUCCUCAGGGUGAAGCAACUCUUCCGCUACAACUUCCUGACAGAAGAGGAGGUGAUGGCCAACCCCUGGAAGACUGUGAUUCUCAGUGAUUGUCUGGGCAUGUAUGACUGGAGUUUGGCUAGCAAGUUCUUUCUCAACAAAGGGAUGUUUGGAGUGACUGUUGCCAGGACAGGUUCACAGAGACACAGUAAAUUUGUUGAAAACAUUGAAAACAUGACGACAUAUGGAUGCUUUGCGCUGACUGAGCUGAGCCACGGCAGCAACACCAGAGCCAUGAGGACUACAGCAACAUAUGACCCCUCCACUCAGGAGUUUGUGAUCAACUCUCCAGACUUUGAGGCUGCUAAGUUCUGGGUGGGCAACCUGGGUAAGACGGCGACCCACGCCAUAGUUUUCGCUCAGCUCUACACGCCUGACCAGGCAUGUCGCGGCCUGCAUUCCUUCAUUGUGCCGGUGAGAGAUCCCAAGACCCUGCUAGCUCUGCCUGGUGUGCUGGUUGGAGACAUGGGCAAGAAGUUGGGCCAGAAUGGACUCGAUAAUGGGUUUGCUUUGUUUCAUAAUGUGAGGAUCCCUCGGGAGAAUCUGCUGAAUAAGACUGGAGAUGUUACUCCUGAUGGCCGCUAUGUUACACCAUUCAAGGACCCCAACAAGCGUUUCGGAGAGUCUCUGGGUGCCCUCUCAGGUGGCAGGGUGAACAUCACCAGGAUGUCUCAGAUCAAUCUGAACCUGGCUCUGGUUAUCACCAUCCGCUUCUCAGCCACCAGGAGACAGUUUGGACCCAAAGACACAGAGGAGAUUCCUGUUUUAGAGUACCAGUUACAGCAAUGGCGUCUGAUCCCAUACCUGGCAGCAGCAUACGCUCUUGAACAUUUCUCCAAAACCAUCUUCAUGAACUUUGUUGAGGUCCAGAUUGGACAGAUGAUGAGGGAUAAGAGUGACAGACAAGCAGAGAUGGGCAGAGAAUUGCAUGCCAUAAGCUGCUCCAGUAAAUCACUGGGCUCAUGGACUGCUCAGAGGGGGAUCCAGGAGUGCAGGGAGGCCUGUGGUGGACAUGGAUACCUGGCCAUGAACCGGCUGGGUGAUCUGCGUAAUGACAAUGACCCAAACUGCACAUAUGAAGGAGACAACAACGUCUUGUUGCAGCAGACCAGCAACUACCUUUUGAGCUUGCUCUGUGCUAAACAUCUCGAUGGUGUGCGGAUUGAGUCUCCACUUCACACUGUGGAUUUCCUGGAUGAUUCCCACAAGAUCCUUGAAAGCAAGUUUGCAGCAACAACAGUGGAGGCGUGUAUGGACUCAGCAGUGCCGCUGGCUGCCUUUAAGUGGCUGGUGUGUUUCCUGCUGGAAGAGAGCCACAAGAAGCUGGAACAGCAGAGAGCUGCGGGAAAGGAUGAGUUUGAGGCCCAUAACAACAGCCAGGUUUACUACUGCCGCUCCCUGGCCAUCACCUACGUGGAACACUGCUGCCUCCAGAGGUUUCAUGAGCUGAUUACUGAUGAGCACACACCAGCUGGUCUCAGACCUGUACUCAGCAAGCUGUGUGCCCUGUAUGGGCUGUGGAGCCUCAGCAGCCACACAGCCUCACUUUACCAGGGUAAUUACUUGAGUGGAAGUAAGCCUGCAGAGUUGAUGCAGACGGCCAUUCUCACUCUCUGCUCUCAGCUGAAAGAUGAUGCAGUAGCAUUGGUGGAUGUUCUUGCACCUUCUGACUUCAUUCUUAACUCACCCAUUGGCAACGCUGAUGGACAGCUUUACAAGAACCUGUGGUCGACAGUGAUGCAUGGCAGCCAGGUGCUGGAGCGGCCAUCCUGGUGGAAAGAGUUCUGCUCAGACAAGCCUGUGGUCGGAUCCCUCCAUCCGAAACUCUAAAACCCACUCUCAACUACAAGCCUGUAACUUUAUGUGUAAUUCUAAAUGCAAUUUUAAAUGGAAUGUUCAUAUGUACACAACUUUUUGCCAAAACCCACUACAGUACAACACUGCACAUGUCAGUUAAGGCCCAGCUUGAUAAUUAUUGUAAGAGUCCAAAAUUUUUAAUAGAGCAUACAUUUUGAAGUAUUAUUAUAAACGCUGGGAAUCCUGUACACUCUGAAGAACUCUAGAUGAACUUAGGAACUCUUGAACCACGGUCCAACGCUAAACAAAUUAGAAAGACCUAAUCUCAAUAAAAAGAUACAGGUAUUUGCUUAUGAAUGUAAAAUCUGUAGGCAGCAGGACAAGAUAUUGGUAUUGGAAGCGUUCUGCUUUCUGUUUGUAGUCCAAGUAGUACUGACCAAUCAUGCAGGUAAACAGCUCGUGUGAGAGCAAAAGAGGUGGAACACAUUGGCCAGAAUGCAUCCCAGAAUCCAUCAACUAUCAUCUGAUGACUAUUUAGCAUUUUAUAAAAAUGUAUCUGCAUUUAUAUGCAGAUAGCAUUCUGGUUAUAUUUUUGCAUCUCAAGUUGCUAAUCAAUCCGUAAACAAUGACUGGUGCAUGUAAGAGGAAGUCUUGGCCUGGAUAUCUACUGGCUAAACUGGAACCCUUGAAAUAUUAACCAUUGCCCCCAGGUGUUAAAUUGCCAUCAAACCGAUAGCUGAUUGGUUCUGACAAUGGAAAGACGUCAAUACAGUCCACUGAUGGACACGCUCAGGAACACACCUAGAAACUUUGGACCUGCUCACUAGCACAUUGUCCAAACUCUGAUACUUUAAAAUAUUAUGACCACCACAUCAGAUUGGAUUCUGAGCUGGAUCUUCCAAAGCUGUCUAACUCAAAUUAAAUUGCAGGUUUUGCAGGUAUGCAACAGUAUACCAUGAAUCUUCUAUUAAAAGCCUAGUCCCAAUUAAACGCCCAGUCCCUUUUACUAGCCCUGUGUGGCUACGCAUUUUGACAAAUAAAGGCCUGUCUCCAUUAGACGCCUGGUCUGGUUGCCAAGCAGGUCAGUUUUUAAAUAGAAGUUCUUUGAAUGUAUAAAACCAGGUUGUUGGCUACCUCACGUGUCCAUUACCCUUUAAAUUAUUCAUAUUCCUUUAGUCUGUAAGGGUCCUCAGAUCAAAAGAAUCAAAAGAGGUUUUCAUAAAACAAUAUUCACAACUUGGAUUAAUUUUUAACAGGACAAAGUGGUGUUGUGUCUGUAUGCUGGGUGCCGUAAUCCUCAAGUGCUGUAACACUCUCUUUCUCUGAUGCACCAUCGCAGCUAGAUCAUUUUAAUGAUCUUUAAGUAAGAUAUUAUCCGAAGCCUAAAUUUUGACAAGUAAUAUUCAUACUGGUUUAAAUAAACAAUUUAAUGGUA